CACGGCGCGGUCGGGCCGCGUUCGCGGGUGCUCCGUGUACUAAACUGUCGAUAUUAGUGUGAAAUCUGUUUUUUGGAACAUGUGCUGUGUUUGAUAAAGAAGAUGACCGGUGAAAUUUGCUGCAACCAAAAAUGGACCACAUCACCUCCCGGCGAGCCCUUGGUGCGGGCCCCAGUAGGCAAGCCAAGAUGUCCGCCUGCCAUAUCUCGCCUCCGUGUGGAGAAGGUGGAGGGCGGGUUAGCGGUUGCCGGCGUUGUGGUCGCAGCCAACUGUCAGAUAGUACUGCCUAUAUUCGGAUUUCUGUUCAUGCUCGUCGGAUGUGUACUAACAGCGGCUUCGUAUCGAGGUUGCGGUGAGAAUGAGGAGCCGGACCACUAUGCGGCCCGCAUCGCGUUCACCGGCAAUUCGCGGGUGCUGGGCCCUGUCUGCAUCGUCGCCGGAGCUCUUAUGACCAUUGCUGGUAUCGUGUUGUGCAUGUUAAUGCGAGCUGCUCAGCGCCGGCAGCGUAGGCUGGCAUUCCACUGUCCCAUUCAUGGAGACUUCUACCCACUGAGCCCACAAAAUAGCAGAAAAUAUUCUCGCACUCCAGCGGGUAUGUGGCGCUGGAUGCGCAGCUGGCUGGGGCUGGUGGAGGAGGGCGAGGCGGCGCGUUGCCCGCGCUCCGCGGAGCCAGCCUCACCAGCACGGGCUGAUGCUCCGUGCCCCCCUCCUUUACCUUUCUUGGUACCCUCGGACUCUGUCGUAGGUAUGGCUUCAGUACUGGGAGCUCCUCUCAGUCCGGAACAAACCUUCGGCUCCAUCAAAUCCCUCGCUAUAUCGAGGGAGGUUGCUAGUUUUCCGCUAUCGCGCUCGCCGACACCGCCACCAUUGAGUUGUCCACCAUUCAAAGAGGAGCCCAAGUGUCUGGAAGACAUACCGAACGCAGUGAUAAUACGACCGGACUUCGACUGCGGCUCGCCGACGUGCAAUUAUCGUGUCGUUGAGUGCAAAUUGACUACCACUGAGGAAAUACACCGCAGUGCCCCACACAAUACCAGUGUACAUAGCGCGGACAGUAAACAAAUGAGACCCAACACAGUUUCCAUAACGAUACCCGAUGAGGGGAAAGGUUAACGACACGUGUUAGAUUAGACAAUUUUUUAAUUAAUAUUGUUCAGUGAGUUGGAACGCUACCCGAAAUGUAUGGUGUAAGGUCGACGACGACCAAAUUGGGCGUAUAUGUGUAAUGCUAGUUUUAUUGCUCACAGUUGUUUAGUAGUGAGCUACGGACCGCCACGAUACGCCUAGUGUGGCCGCUAAACAUUAUAAAAUCGAUGUACAUAAUUUGUUUUAUUUUAAGGAUCACAAUAUUAUGGUUUCUUAACUUUCGUCUGCUCAAACGAUCACGAUUUGUCUUCCGCUACUGCUCAUUUGAUUGGACAUUUCAAAAACUGAUCACUGAAGUACACACAUAUACCGAUCCUCGCUGCAUUUACGUUUGUUCAAGUUUUCAAUAGAACACAAUUCAUUUGAAAUCUGGUUGUAAAACACAUUUAAGGCGAGGUGGCCAAUUCUGGGCAUUGAAGAGGACCAUACCAUGUUAUCAAAAAUUUCAGUCGAAAUAUAAGACUACAAAGUAAAUGUUUUACCCUAGUUAGUUUUACUAUUAGUUAUUAAAACCCACUGUUUGUUAGCAAUAUAUUGCGCCAAAUAUAUUUGUAAUGAGAGAUUGGAUAGAGAAUGUCUAUGUCAAAUGUUAUAAAUGGUGAAAGCGUUGAUUUUAUUAUUUUGCUUCCAUUUAUUUCGAACUGAACUGAGCAGAGCAUUUCGUUCGUUUUACAGAUUUUACAUUAGUUAUGCAUGUUAGGUUAAAAUAGCCUUAUUCAUGGGAUACUAAAAGCCAACACAGUACCGAAGCAGCUAAAGUAACAACAAUGGCUCGUCUUGUUACUGUAUUGUAUCUUGUAUCAUUCAUUGUGUUCGUCAAAUGCUCCAAUGAGUAUCGGAUACGUGCUUUAUCAACUGCAUGAGAUAAUAUACCUUAUACCUUCAUUAGCAGGUACUGUUUUCACAAAGACGUGGAAAAAUGUGAUACCUGACUCGAGUUUACAAGACUAGUGUCACGUAAAUAAGGCGAUCUAAUGUUUAUCCUAAUGCUCAUUAUGUCGGCAUUCUAGUCGUAUCGUUCUAUCUUAUAUUUUGUUGGUGUAAUUAAUAUACCUAACUUAGACCCGAAAACUGAAACACCACUCAAUUUUAAGUCGUGGUUAACCUCUUGUAUGCCGGCCGUAUCUAUUUAAGACAAUAGAAAACACAUUGUGUCAUGCGUAGAACUACCCUCGGCAUGCCACGGUUUAAGUAGGUAUAGUUCUGUCACUACAAUUUCUUUGGAAAAUGACAGAGAUGGCACGAUAUUUAAGUAUCUACUAUUUAAAAUUGAGUAGCCUUUCAUUAUUCGGGGGUUACUCAUAUAAAUGUACGCGGUAGAGGAAAUGUAUUGGCUCAGUAGGAUUACCGUUCCUUAUAUUAUAUUAAAAUAAUAUUUGUAGGAAAUUGUCCAUUACAUUCAUUUACACGUAAUGCUAGUGUAGGUACCUAUAUGUAAGAGUACAUACAAAACACGUGCCCUAGAUUAUAGUUCCGAUUGUGAUAUAUUGUUUUUUAUUAUAAUUUUUACUUUUUAUCAUUCUCUUGACAUUUAAUUUUAUGAACAAGUAACCGCGCUGCGGCCGUAGAAAAUUGGAGUCUAAUUUAUAUAGAAAGUUUUUUUGAAGUUAGGUAGGUACUUCUACGGUUAUUCAUCGUGAUAAUUAAACAUCAUUUUGUAUAUACCUAACACUAUUAUUGAAUCAUAAAUCAUUAUUUUGGUGUAUGAGCCAAACGAAAGAUGCCAAAAUGAAGUUCGUCGCGUCCAUGUGUCUCGUAUGAUCAUUUGUUUUCACAAUAAAUUAAUCAAUCAUGCUCAGAAAAGACAAUUGUAUAGUAAACAAGGAUGUUCGUAGGUAAACGUAGUCCACGUUAUAAUUUAGACAUUAUUGAUACGUAGGUACUGUAUCAAGUUAUACCUAAGUUUUGUGAUGGAGGCAUUUAUUGGCCAAGUUAUUCGAAAUUAUAUGGAGUGUAAUUUUUUUAUAAUCUAUAGGUAAGUGCCACGCCUAAAUAAUCUAUUAUAAUAUUGUAUUGUAUACUUAAAAUAAGCUUAUUUAAUAUUGUUAUAAAUGUAAGGAUGAAAUGAAAAUACAAAUUUGAG